CGGAAGCCGAAACCUCGGACCAGAUCAUUGGAGGGAACUGGAGCGGAGGAGUGAUGUCCAGAGAUCGAAGAACAAGGGUCUGAUUCUGAUCUUGAUCUUCGUUUCUCUCCGUCUUCUCCGAGCGACAGAGCUGACGGGUCAUGGAUUUCACCAGCUGCCCGUUCUGCGACUUGAUGGUCCUGUCCUCAGAGCUCGAAAGACAUGCUAAUGGUCACUUCGAGGAUGAGGAGGUAGCGAGGGACAUGGAGUUUGCCCGACAGAUUGCGUUGGCUCCUGCGAGCCCACCAAAAACAUUGGUAUUCGAGGAUGAUCUGAAAAUAGAAAUAUCCUCAGACUUGGGUCCGAACAAAUCUGUUGAAAAAGACACAUCGAGUUGCAAUUACGAGGCAAAGAAGAUUGAUGAUGGAGAUGUUAUAUCCUGUUUAAUUAGCCUACAGAUGAGGGGCAGCUUCCACAAGAUUCAAGGCGGUCUGCUGGCUCUACUAAACAAUUGUUUAGAAUUUGAAACGGGGGACUCAACAUGUAUACUUUGUGGUCAUGUUGAUCAUUUUCAGAGCAUUGUGUCUGAGGAUGUGGGGUGGGGCUGCGGGUGGCGUAACAUCCAAAUGCUCAGCUCUCACUUGGUCUCUGAAAGACGUGAAGCCAGAGAGGUAUUGUUUGGCGGGUCAGGAUUCGUUCCUGAUAUUUUGUCAAUUCAGAGGUGGUUGGAGAUUGCUUGGGAAAGGGGCUUUGACAGAGUUGGAGCGGAGCACUUCAAUCAUAAGAUUUAUGGCUCACGGAGUUGGAUUGGGACCACUGAAUGUGCUGCUCUGUUUUGCUCAUUUGGGCUUCGAGCGAAGAUCAUGGAUUUUGGCCCAGAGGAACUCGAACCGCUUUUUCUAUCCAUUCCAGGUUCCAAGCUCGGGCUACAGGAUGGAAGAGAAAAUAUCAAGGAGAAGAGGAGUUUAUAUCAAAUUUAUGGACCAAUGGAUAGAUAUCUAAACUCUAGGAAGAGUAACGGUGCUGAAGCAAGUCCUUGUAUGGAAAGCUCUCGGCAUUCUUCUGAUGAAACAGUAUGUAGCACAAGUUGCGAGAAAUUAUCAGGAAAUUUUGUGACCACAAGCAAGGGUCAACAGGUUCUUGUUGACUGGGUGUGGAAUUAUUUUUCUGGUGAAACGCCAAUCGAAUUCGAAAGGCGCAAAGUUACAUUAAGCAAUAAGUCGCCCUUGUACUUUCAGCAUGAUGGGCAUUCGAGAAUGAUCAUUGGGAUUCAAGUCAAACAUCAAGGCGAUGGGAAGCGGCAGUGCAGCCUCCUCGUUUUGGACCCCGGUCAUAGAACGGACGCUCUCGAGAAGUCAUUGAGAAGAAAUUCCGGAUGGCAGAGGCUUAUAAAACGAGGCGUUCAUACACUGAAGAAGCCACAAUACCAGUUGUGUUAUGUUGAUCCGGGGAUAGCCACUGGGGAGGAGUUUGAGCAGCUGAAAACGAUAGAUAGCGUCUACGUCAAAUUCUAGACAACAGGAGUCAUGCCGUGCAAUAUUUGGGCUUUCGAGCAACUGUAUGGUUGAGGUAGAUAUAUACCUAUGUAAAGGUAAAAUUAUCUUUGUUGUCUAGAGCUGUAAAUGCGUUCGGUAUAGAUAUAUUCUGCAGAUAGUAAAUCUUCGUUCAUGCUGUUGUUGCUGAUAUCUAAUCAAAUUAUUUUGCUUGAAAUUCAUGUGGAGUGCUGUCAUCUUGAUUUUCGUUUCAACUUGAUUCCCCGAAUGCGACCUUGAAAGGUCCAUAAAAGGACUGAGAUGUAACUGUUUGACUCCCUUGUUCCGCCCAUGAAAGCUCCACAAAUUAAAUGCCAACUCCAAGCUCAAGCUGCAUGUUGUGUUGGCUUGAGGGGAAGACAAACCAUGGAAAAGGUUUUCGACCGUAUACCCGGUUGGUUCGGUCAAACUCGAGCUUGCAAAACUUGGUACUGUGCAUUACAAUGGUAAACCUGGGUUUGUUUGUGGUGAUGGAGGAAUGGCUCUGGUUCUUUUUUAUGCAUCUCGGGUCUAGUUGCAUUUCCCAUGUUUUAUACCGAAUUUUUCUUUCGGAUAUGCAGGCAGGAAUUAACUGACAAGUGACAACCAACUAAUAUAUUGUUUUAUACUUUAGUCGUAUUUGUUUUGCAUGCUUCUCACUCACCAUACAUGUUCACAUUAUUGAAUACACAUCCUUAAUAUAUCAUAUUUAUAUCAUGUUUAUUUAGUUCUUUUGUAAAAUCUCAUAACUACUUGCAGUGCAAAGUUUCAUGUCGGAAAGUAUCUCAUGAUUAUGAUCAAGUCGAUGUCUGAACGAAAAUUAUUGUAUGAAAACACUUCGUCAUCUUGAGAUAAUUGUAAUGUAUGAACGCAUUAUUGGGCGGUGGAAAUGUGCCAGUGCAUGGGGAGGCCAGGGCUCGAAGGUACAAGGACCGGCUUGUCAUUUCGAGGGGACUAUGGCCCUGAAUAAAUGCUUGGGCUCAUUGCCAAUUUAAAGCACGUGUUGUCAAUGAUAUGUACAAUCAUACGGUUAUUAUUAACUGACAAGUGACAACCAACUAAUAUAUUGUUUUAUUCUUUAGUGGUAUUUGUUUUGCAGGCUUCUCACUCACAAUACAUGUUCACAUUAUUGAAUACACAUCAUUAAUAUAUCAUAUUUAUGUCAUGUUUAUUUAUUUCUUUUGUAAAAUCUCAUAACUACUUGCAGUGCAAAGUUUCGUGUCGGAAAGUAUCUCAUGAUUAUGAUCAAGUCGAUGUCUGAACGAAAAUUAUUGUAUGAAAACACUUCGUCAUCUUAUGAUAAUUGUAAUGUAUGAAUGCAUUAUCGGGCGGUGGAAAUGUGCCAGUGCAUGGGGAGGCCAGGGCGCGAAGGUACAAGGACCGGCUUGUCAUUUCAAGGGGACUAUGGCCCUGAAUAAAUGCUUGGGCUCAUUGCCAAUUUAAAGCACGUGAUGUAAAUGAUAUGUACAAUCAUACGGUUAUUAUUAACUGACAAGUGACAACCAACUAAUAUAUUGUUUUAUUCUUU